AUGGAAAUUUCUAAUGAUACUCCUAUAUCUGAUAUAACUGAUGAUGCUCUUGCAUCCAAUAUAUCUGUUAACACAUCAAAUUCUAACGAUGUUCAUGAACAAAUUGUCACACAGAACGGGGAAUCUAUUAUAUCUAACCACGAGACGCAAAGUGUCAUUUCUCUCGAAAUAGUAUCUGCUUCCAGCAAUUCUGAUAUACAACAGGAAUUAGAGAUCUCCACAUCUCCUAUUUCCGCGGAAACUAUAUCAUUGGAAGAGAAAGAAGAAAAUGAAUUUCUGGAUUCAACGUAUAGGGAACAGGUUAGUAAAGAGAUAAUUCAGAGCAUUAGGGAGAAGAAACUUCGGGGUCAAGAAAAAAUCAUAACUUCCCAGGAUAUUAAAUCUUCUUUGAGUGUAAAGGGUGGACAGGGGUUGAUCCAAGAAUUAUUUACUCUAGAGCCGUCUCUACAAGAAUCGCAAAUAAUUCAAAACCAUGUGAGUGAAAUUUCAGAGACCAGCACUUCCGGAGAAUCUAACGUUGACGAAACAUGGCAACAUCUAGCUCAAUUAUGUAAUAAAGCAUUCGAUGCUGAAGAUAAAGCAAAUCGAGCUAAUCAAGAAGAAAUUUUAUAUUGGUUUCUUUAUGCAAAGGAUUUUAGACUUCAAUAUAAUGAGAUUAUAGUGAGUAGCGGAGGUAAAAUUAGUGAAAAGAAGGCAAGAAGCUUACUGUAUGAUUCCGUUGUAAAACAGCUUUCUAUUAUCCGUAAAAAAAGAUCUCAAGAAUUGGGUUUACAUCUUCCAGAAAUAUCACGGGAUGCCUUGCGUAAAAAAACUCAGAGAGCUGAGAAAAUUUAUAUAUUAUUCGAAAAAAUAGGUCAUGAUAAAAUCAAAUACAUCAAAUCAUAUAGUGCGAAUUCCAUUUCAAAGCUUACUAAUGAUCAAAUUCAAGAGAUUAUAAAUUAUUCUUGUCAGAACGUUGAUACAGAUAAUACAGAAUAUCAAUUUUCGUCCGAAAAUACUGAAAUUUCCGAGACCGGCGGUCCCAGAAAAAUCUCAUCUGAAAUAGAGACAAGUAAUAUAAUCACUCCCUCCAGCAAUUCAGAAAAUAAGAUGAUUGAGGAAGUAUUACGAAGUGAGGAUGCUACUGCCUCUAAAUCUUUACCGGAAACCAAGACCAAGGAGUCAGAAUCUGUAAAUGUUUUCGAUGAGGAUAAUGGGAAUGAUGAUGAAUUCUCUGACGAUAACAACGAAGACGAUAAUGAUAAUGAGAGCUUCUGUGGUUUCUCUGAUGACGAUGAUGAAGCCGAAAGUACGAGCUCUUCUCCCACCCGUCACCAACCCAAACGCAUUGCCAGGGAAGACUCAGAGCUUGCGGGAGCCACUAGAAAUCUCUGGCUCAGUGACAGUUAUGGCUUAGACGACCUCCCUUCUUCCGCAUCUGUUUCCAAAGCACGAGAUGUGGAGGCACUAAGAGUGAACUUCUUUGGAGCCGAGGACGCUGUUAUACCCGACGCUGAAGUCACCAUUCCAGAAGCGUAUGUUCGACCUGAUAUUAAUGCCGAAAUGCUUUCAAAUAUCAGAUUUCGCGUUGCAAAUGUUGAUGGACUUACGGAUAGGAAAGUUCGAACGUUCUUUAAGAAAUUGCAUAAGGUCGUCGUGAAUAGUGAUCGGAAAACAGGUACCAGCGAAACUUAUACAGAUACACUUGUGGACGAUCUUCUUCGUAUUGCUCAGCUGAAUGACUGGCCCUUUAGCGUCAACAAUCACCCUCCAUGCAAAUUAUACAUUGAAGAUGAUCCUUACGUGUCAUCAGACCCCGAAUUUGUAAUAAAUAAGGAAGACGAAAAUAUGGAAGACUUUGCUAUUCUUGUGGUAGAGGACAAGCACUUGAAGAAUGUCGGGCCAAGCACUGGAUUUGGGGAAACACAGAUUGCUAUGGAGAUUCUCGCUUGUGUUAGUGAGAAUAUACGUUCCCUUGGCAAACGGCAAUACACAGAUCAGACAUUCUGGGUUAUUCGUGUAAUUUCUUCAUACGUUACGUUUUAUAAAGCCGAGAUUCCUGCAAUGUAUUUGGUGGAGCUUGAAAAAGGCCUACCGCAACAACAGUCAGUUAAGGUUCAAAGAUGGCCUGCUGAUAAUGGUUUGAGGUCUGGUUUUGACCUUGCUGAGCCAGAAGGAAGGCGAGUAGUGUUGACGGCAUUGGCCAAAAUUCGUGAAACACUUUCAGAGGAGUCGGAGGAGUUAGAAGAGUCUAAUGAUGAGGAGAAUUAA